UUUUUCUGACUGGCUGUUAUUUAACAAUUGCCUUUAUUCUACUCUUGUAGAGUAAACCUUUCUUCUUGUGAAAAUAACUUUAUUUCUGUUUUAAACCCGUGUGAAAAAGUAAGCCCGGUUUCGCGUUUUUGUUCAUUCUAGGGUAAAAAUUUAAUUUUUAUCGUUCAGACGAAACCGAGAUCGGUUGAAAGAAAACCCGGGAGACAGUGCUAUCGAGUGCAAUAAAACGGCAGAUAACGUUUUACGAUACAGUUGAGAAAUCACGGGCUAUUUUCGUUCUCGUGCAUGUAAUUGUGUAAAGGACGGGAGUUGAAAAGCGUAACUCCUCCGGAUCGUCAAUGAUUCAUACGGGGGCGACUCCAAAAGGUCUCGCAUUCACUCCAGGAUCACUCUGCUGGAGAAAAACCAAAAUAGGGACGGAGGUCAUUGGCGGAGGCUCGGAUCGUACGGGCUCAUCUACGGAUUUGGCAGGGUGCAGCAUCCCCUCGGGCCCCUCCUCGCAUCCAGCACCUCGGAACCGCGUCCGGGCCGGUCGCGAAGACGAUCCUGGGCUUUAUUCGUUUUCGACCCCUCGGGGGAGGGUGGCGCGGCCAGUAACCUUAAAAUGUCACCUCGAAGAACCCUUUAGGUUCAGGCGAAUGGCGGGAUUUACAAACUUCGGACUCGUCGUUUUUCUACUCAUUUUCACUUUUCUCAACGUCUACGUCUAUUUCACUAAGGUGCCGGACGAAACUAGGGCCAUACACGAGUGGCUCGCUCAACACGACCUAUUUCACCUGAGGAAACUCUUCAAAUCCCAAGGGAUUUCGAGCCUGGUGAGCUGCGCGACCGUCGAAGACCUCCCAGAGCUACAUCCCCAUGACGAGGAGAGGCUGCAGAGGGCGGCCAGGCUGCUGCAGCAGAGGCUCAUUCUGAGACAGUGGCUGUACGACCUCGGCCUUCACCAUCAUCACCACAGGCUGGUCCAGGAAGAUGUCACGUCCCUCGAAGACGUCUACUGGCUCGAAGACUCCAGGGCGAGAUUCCUCCUCGGGAAGGACUUUCCGACCUGGAGCACCGCCCGACAAGCUCUGCCCGUGUCCAAGGAAGACCUGAACUCCCUGAAGGCCGAAUUGUGGAGCGCCGUCGUCAAAAACAGCCACCACCAAGACGCCUGGACAUUCAGAGGCAUGCUUGUCGUAUCGGUGAGUGUCGCAGGCCUGGUGACUUUGGCCGCGAUGACACAGCCGUCCCUGGCUCCUGAGGCGAAGCACUCCCUUCUGCAGUACGUGACCGGGAAGUACCUCCAUACGGGAAACACGACGGUCCAGUUCCACUGGGAAGACCCGCAGCAAGUGGGCCAGUCCUUGUCGCUAACUAUAUCGUUUUUUCAAAGAAACGGCCAGCCUUAUCCGAUCUGCGACACGGAUCGCCUCGUCGUUGAUGUCAGCGAGAGCGAGGGUCAUCGGAGGGUGGCAACCCUCGUUGAGCUCGGCGGCACUGAGCCGCACAGCGUGAACACGGCAGUCGUCAAAUUCACAGUUCGACAUGCGGGCCAUUACCGGAUAUCAAUUCUAAUCGGGAACACGCACAUUAACGGAAGCCCUUUCCUCAAGACAUUCCUUCCAGGGCCGCCGGACCCGGUGAAGACGACGUUCGUUCGACCCUCUUCGACGGUGAUCUGCACGUGCGGUCUGCCGCACAGCCUCGCCCUCGAGCCGAGGGACGAAUUCAACAACCUGUGCAAGUUUUCAGAAGAAGAAAACCCCACCGUCGGAUAUACAGUUUCCAUAAAUCCGAUCGGAGUACCUGCCGAAGAAACCGAUGCGGCUUGGAGCUUGGAAUACGAUCAAAAUUCCGGGAGGAUUAUGCUCGGCAUGAUGCUGGCCAAAGAAGGAUGUUUCAAAAUUCAAGUCUCUUAUUCGGGAACAACUCUUUCAAACGGAUUAUUUGACUGCAUAGUAUUAAGCGGGAAUGACGCCGGAUUGGUUCAGAAAAAUGUCCGAAACCACAAUACUUGGUACGAAGCCAAGCUGCUCAGUUUCCAAGGGGAAAGAUUUCUAAAACCGCGCAAGGUUUUGGUUUAUAUAUCACCUAAACAACUGACGAUUAAGGAAUUCCUUCUGAAAUUCAUACCGAAAAGAUUGAUAACGUUCCGCCUUUGUCCUUCAACAAAAUUCCAUUUCCUUUCGGAGAACAACCAAACGUCUUUUGGGUCUUUUAUUAUCGACGAUGGAUGCCAGCCGAAGGUCGAACUGAUGUCCAGGGACAGGAACGUCAUCGCGGCGACUUUUACGCACUUCCUGCUCAAGAAUAUCGGAGGUUCAGAAACGUUCAAAGACAAGCAGGAGUUUUUCUAUCACGAAGUCAGACGAUUUCACCACAAGCACUACCACGAAAAACUUUCCAUGAAAGUGAACAGAGAGAAACUUCUUGAAUCCUCGUUAAAAGCUACAAAGGGUUAUUCAGUGAGCGAUUGGUGCAGGAAUUUCGAAAUAACUUUUCAAGGGGAACAAGGAGUCGACUGGGGUGGCUUGAGAAGAGAAUGGUUCCAGCUUAUCUGCGCGGCACUCUUCGAUCCGAAGAACCUUCUGUUCACGGGUUUUUCGGACAAUCAGCAGGCGUUGGUCCAUCCAAACCAAAAAAGGCCACCUAAUUUAAAAUUGAAAUACUACGAGUUCGCCGGAAGGGUCGUCGGCAAAUGUCUGUACGAGUCGGCGUUGGGCGGGGGCUACAGGCAAUUGGUCCGUGCAAGAUUUACAAGAUCUUUCUUGGCUCAGCUCAUCGGGCUCAGAGUGCACUACAAAUACUUUGAGCAGGACGAUCCGGAUUUGUAUUUGACCAAAGUCAAAUAUAUCCUAGAUCACGAUGUAGAAGAUAUGGAAUUAUUCUUUGUGGAAGAAGAAUAUGACAAAAUGGGACAAUUAUACAAGUUGAUCGAACUGGUGCCAAAUGGCAGUAAAAUCCGAGUUCACAAUUCGACAAAACAUCAAUACUUGGACGCUUUGGCUCAGUACAGGCUUGCGACGAAUUUGAAAGAAGAAGUCGAGGCGUUUUUAAGGGGAUUAAACGACCUCAUCCCAGAUAAUCUCCUAAGCAUAUUUGACGAAAACGAGUUAGAGCUCCUGAUGUGCGGUACGGGCGAGUACAGCGUUGCGGAUUUCCGGGCCCACCACAUCAUAAACGGUUCGUCGCCGGAAUUCAGGAGGAUUCUAGACUGGUUUUGGGCCGCCGUUUGCAAUUUCACACACGAAGAAAUGGCCAGGCUGUUACAGUUUACGACCGGGAGUUCGCAGCUACCGCCCGGAGGGUUCAAAGAGCUCAGCCCGCGAUUUCAACUCACCCCAGCACCCACUUUCGGCAAUUUGCCCACGGCUCAUACCUGUUUCAACCAGCUCUGCCUCCCUGAUUAUGACAGCUAUGAGCAAUUUGAGAAAGCGCUUCUGCUGGCGAUAAACGAAGGAACAGAAGGAUUUGGAAUGAUAUAAUUUUAAUUCAAGAAUCUUUUUAUUAUAAAUUUGCGAUAUAAUUUUGUAACGAAACAAUAUCCCAAUUGUUGAAAGUCUAAUCGCUUUACCUAUUUGUUAUAGUAACUGAAAAUCAUAUAAACCAGUGCAAUAUUUCAACAAUUCUCAAUACUAUUGUGUAUCAAUCUUGUAUUUUCAGAUAUAUUCAAGCUUAAUAUAUUGACAUAAAUGAUA